AUGUCUCCAGAAUCCACCCCUUCAGAUAUUGGCUCCUCUUUCAGAAAGAUCCACAGGACUUCAUUUUCUUCCCCAAAAGGACCACCAGUCCUCUACACCUCUCACAUACUUACAGAAAAACUUCAGUGCUCUUUGGAGUCUUCUCUGAAAGAAUUUUAUAGUCCACUUCUCAUCUUCAAGUUUUUUGUGACCUGCAGUUAUCUUGGUUUUCAAGAGGAGCUCCAGGCAGCGUCAACGAGCAACGCCUAGCUGAUCCUGCAGAUUGAUAACGCCACCCUAGCUGCUGAUGACUUCAGAGUGAAGUUUGACUCGGAGCUGGCCAUCCGGCGGGGCAGGGAGAGCAACAUCACCGCCUUGCGCAAGGUCCUGGACGAGCUGACCCUGAGCAAAGCCAGUCUGCCGGAGGAGCUGGAAAGCCUGGAGGAGGAGCUGGCUCAACUCCAGAAGAACCAUGGGGAAGAAACGGCUGCUCUCCGAGGUCACCUGGGAGGCUCGGUCAGUGUGGAGGUGGAUUCUGCUCCCGGUGUCGACCUGGUGAAAACCCUGGCAGAGAUCCGGGACCAAUACGAGGACGUCAUUGAGAGGAACCACAGAGAGGCUGUGGCCUGGCACAAGGAGCAGUGUGAGAUGGUCGCCCAGGAGGUGGCCACCAGCGCAGAGGCCACCCAGGGAGCCAGGACGAAGAUCACGGAGCUGAGGCGCGUAGUCCAGGGCCUGGAGAUUGAGCUGCAGUCACUCCACAGCAUGGUGCAGAACAUAUUUCUAACUGAAAAACACAGAUCAGAUAGAUUCAGUGUUCCUCAGUAUUACAGACAAGAAUAUUAG